AUGAAGUUCGCCGGAGCCGCCAUCACGGUCCUGGCCUUUGCCUCCAGCCAGGCCGCCGCCGUCCAAGACCACUCCCAGAUCGCCAAGCUCUCCAGCGUCGCCCACUGCGGUGUCGUCGGCGAGAAGUGCCACGAAGGCCGGUCUGCCGCCGCCGCCGUCGCUCGUGCCCUGACUGAGCACAAGGACGCCCCUCCCGCCUCCGGCAUCAGCGCUUUCUGCAGUGUCGAGGGCACCAAGGGUUGCAACCAGAAAUGGGCGGCUGUCGACAAGAUCGGCGCCGCGGCUGCCAAGGCCCAUGGCGAGAUCUCUCGUCGUGAGGCUGCUGCUGAGGCCGACGCGCGCCGUGGCGGUAACAUCAACUUCUGUGGUGUCCCCGGUGAAGCUUGCUCCGAUAAGCGUGAUGCCAACCCCGGCAGUGGAGGCCGCAUCAACUUCUGCGGUGUGCCCGGUGAGGCUUGCUCCGACAAGCGCGACGCUUUCCCUCGCCGUGGAGGCCAAAUCAACUUCUGUGGUGUCCCAGGCGAAGCCUGCUCCGACAAGCGUGACGCCGCUCCAGGCCGUGGCGGCCGCAUCAACUUCUGCGGUGUCCCAGGCGAGGCCUGCUCCGACAAGCGUGGCGUCGAGGAGGCUCAAGCCGCGAUCCGCAAGUACGACCCUUCGAUCGAGAAGGAGGAGUGCCACCAGGACGGUCAGCCCUGCAACUUGAUCCUGAAGGCCCACCAGGCUUUCAACGAGGUCAAGGCCCGUUCCGCUGAGGCUCGUCGUGGUGGCCAGAUCAACUUCUGUGGUGUUCCCGGCGAGGCUUGCUCCGACAAGCGUGAUGCUCAACUCCUUGCUCACGAGCAAGAGGGUGGUUCUGAGCUAACUCAUGCCCACCUCGUCGCAUUCGGUGCCAACACUGAGAAGAUUAAGGCUGCUGAGAAGGAGUGCAAUGGUCCCAAUGGUGCUUGCACUCACGCUCGUCGCGCUGUCGAUGAGCUUGAGGCUGCUAUCAAGGAGGGUGUGCAGUCUGUCUACACCUUGUAG